AUGAUUUCCGAGGUGCCGGUCGAGGGUGGAAGCGCGGUGGCGCAACCGGUCAAGCUGAAUGGCCAGGUGAACCUGACGCUUCCUGAUUGGGUACACGAGGCGGUCGAUGCCGGUGCCACCUACCCCGAUGACGAGAGCAAAAUGGCUUUGGCCAUUGACCUCUCCCGUCGCAACGUCCUGCACAAGACGGGUGGCCCCUUUGGUGCCGUGGUGUUUGGUCCAGACCAUCGCAUCAUCGCCGUGGGCGUCAACCGGGUUGUCCCGCAGGUCUCCUCCCUGGCCCACGCUGAAAACAUGGCGUACAUGCUCGCCCAGCAGCAUCUCCAAACGUACCGCCUCAACGAGAAGAACGCCCCCGUCACCCUGGUCUCCUCUGCCCAGCCCUGCUGCCAGUGCUACGGUGCCACUAUUUGGGCCGGCAUUGAUCGUUUGGUCAUUGGGGCGCGCGCCAGCGACGUCAUGGAACUCACCACCUUUGACGAGGGACCCCUCCCCGCCGAUUGGGUGGGAGAGCUUGAAAAGCGCAACAUCUCCGUCACCCGCGACCUUUUGCGUGAGCAAGCCUGCGACGUUCUUCGCAGCUAUGGUGAGGGCGGUGGUGACCACUACUAA